AAAAAAAGUGUUAAUAAAUUGGGAAUAAAACUUUUGGAUUUACCGUCUUAAAACAAUUAUGAAUUUUUUGCAUUUAACCAUAAGUAAGGCCAUGAAAUAAAUAAGACAAUGUCAUUACCGGUGAAGGAUAAUUCAACGUUGAAUAACGAUUGCUCGGAAUGGUGGUGCGGUGAAACCAGUGCUUUGAUAAUUCUAGAAGUGAUUGUUUUAAUCCUGUGUAUUCUUGGAAGUUUUGGAAAUAUCUUAACACUUCUAGCUAUCAUUCUUUCAAGCCUUCGUUACAAUAUUAAUUGUAUAUUAAUAGGAAGUUUAAGUUUAGCAGGAUUUUUGUACUGUUCCUUUAUACUCGGCAUGCAGGCAGUGAUUUUUCACCGUCAUUCCCAAAGAGUGUCUGACGUAUUUUGUUCGGCGGCGGGAGGAAUUCGUUACACAUUGGUCGGAGUCAUCAUGGUACAUUUAUGUGUAAUUGCCUUAUACCGUUCCCUGAAUGUUGUGCACAUUAAUAAAUACAGAUUUAUGUCAAAGUUUAGACAACUGUCAAUAGCACUUACAAUUUGUUGGUUGUUUCCACUAGUUUUCACUAUUCCGCCAACGUUUCGUUUAUGGGGAGGAUUCCAGUUUCAGCCGUCUAUAUUAGCAUGUACAUUCGACAAAACAAUCGAGCAGUCAAACCGUAUCGUAACUGUAACUGCUGGAUUUAUAGUACCAUGCAUUUUCAUCAUAUACUGCUACGUCAGAAUUGGCAUAGUUGCUCAAAGAAGUUUUAAAAGAAUGAGUCGAUGGAAAGGAAAUACACCACAAGGAAAAGCUUUAAGAGUUUCAGCAAUGAUGCUAUGUAUAUUUUCCAUAUUUUUUCUCGGCACAUUUCCAUAUUUCAUUUUAAAUGUCUCCGAUACAGGGUACAAAUAUCCCAUUCACCAUGUUUGGACUACAAUGCUAGGAUGGCUUCUUUAUUGCCUGAAUCCUUUUGUUUAUACACUGAUGGAUAAAAAUUUCAGACUUGCUUUCAAGAGAGUUCUUACCGGAAACUGUGAGAAGAAUCCGGCAAGGAGAUCUGGAAGCAUGUUUACUGGUGUAACCUCUACCCCAAAGAAAACAAGCGAUUGUUAGAUAACAUGAAAAGAAAGGAUUGCACUGAAAAUAAUUUUAAAGUGAAAUUUGUUUAUAUAUUUUAAGUGUGGACGGCAAAUAGUUCCCCUGUGUAUCGUCUGCUGGAAAAAAGGUCAUUGUCAUGACAUGAAACCUUAUGAAGAUACAGUUUAUAUCAUAAUAUAAAAAGUUGUUUGAAGAAAUGCAAACAAUCAUGUUGAAUAUGUACAUAAAGCAUCAUCAUGUUUCAUAUUGAAGGUUCUUGCAUAUGAAAAGCUAUUUAAUUCCUUUACGACAAUUAAAUUACAUGUUUUAUGCAAAUGCUUAACUUAUUUUUCCUGUUUAUACAUAUUUUGCAUUGUUGCUCAUGUUAACUUGUUAACUAUCAUUUUUCAUUGUCUCAGUUUUAAAAAUUAACAUUUCUUCAUCUAAUAAAAACCAUUAUAUUAACAUGUAUACAUUUUGAGAUUUAAUAUGAUACAAUCAUGUCUUAU